AUGAGGCUCCUGCUGCUGCUGCUGCUCCUGCCCGCGGCUCCAGGUGGGCGGGUGCCCAGGUGGGUGCUGGAGGGGCACACCUGUGCCCCACCCUGGCAGGCCGCGCUGUUCCGGGGGCGCCGCUUCAUCUGCGGGGGGACCCUGGUGGCGCCCAGGUGGGUCCUGACGGCCGCGCACUGCCACGCCCCCGGGUACGGACAGGUACGGACAGUGACGUUCCCGCAGGCCCUGCACUGCAGCCAGGUGAGGAUCGUACCUGAGCUCACCUGCCGCCGCAUCUACCCCGACUCCAUCACCCCCAACAUGGUGUGCGCCGGGGAGCCGCGCAGCCGCGCCGACACCUGCCAGGGCGACUCCGGGGGGCCCCUGAUGUGCAACGGGCGCCUGCAGGGCAUCACCUCGUGGGGGCCGGGGGUCUGCGGGGACCCCCAAAAACCGGGGGUCUACGUCAACCUGUGCCGCUACGGCCGCUGGCUGCAGGACACCAUGGCCCAGAACUGACCCGAAAACGGCCG